AUGCACAGCCUUGGUUGCAGAAUAAGAUGGUUUGGGCAGACGAGUGGUUUUGUGGAGGACAUGGUUAAGGCGGUCGGUCGUGGGGAGGCGAAGGCGGAAGCAGACGGGCGGCCGUGCGCCGGGGGAGUCAACGCUCGGGGACUGAAGCUCACUUCCAAGAACAUUGUUCCACCGACGGCAAGCUCGGCCCAGGACAUCCCUGGUAUUGCGGGUAGUCUCGCGUUUGGCCUCAGCGACUCUCUCACAAACAACAUCAACCUCAGUGCAAACAGUCUGGGCUCAAUGCUCCCCCCCAUCGACUUUGGGACCGCGGCACUGAACGUCGGAACCGGUCUAGGAAAGGGAGCCGCAGUGGGACUGAAGCUGACGCAAAAUAAUGACACGGGCUUUUUUACGCCGUCGCCAGCGUCCGCAGCGGACAUCCCCAAGAUUGCUGGUUCGCUUGCCUUCGGCUUGAGCAGAAGCCUGUCUGAAUCGGUCAACACAAGCAACGUGGGGCUUGGAAACGCCCUCCCUGCCAACUUCGACCUUGGAAGUGCCGUCCUCGGUGCCGGCCGCGGUCUAGGUAGUGGUACGUCUUUGGGGCUUGGCUUGGCGAGCAACAAGAACUUCACGCCUCCCAUGGCCAAGUCUCAGUCUGAUAUUCCCGGCCUUGCAGAGACAUUUACCUUUGGACUUGGCAACUCCUUCACAGAAAAGAUCAAUGUUACCUCACAAAUGAGCAACCUUGGUUCCAUGCUCCCUCCAAUCGACUUUGGCGCAACUGCGCUCAACACUGGCGCUGGAUUGGGCCUUGGUGCCGCCAAGGGACUUCAACUUACAAGCAAGGCUCUAGCCCCGGCCAGUCCAGCAAACAUCAACGACAUACCGAAUAUUGCAGGGAACUUUGCCUUUGGUCUCAGUGACGCAGUAGCUGGCAAUCUCAACACGACAGAUCUGCUCUCCAGAUUCAGUGGUGGUAGUGGCAUGAAUGCUCUGUUCAGCGGAGGCGUGGACGGACUUGUAUCCAAGUUCGGUGCUCCCGCGGCAUCAGGCCUAGGCAAGGGGCUUGGGAAAGGUGCAGCCAUCGGGCUUGGUCUUCAGCCUGACGGCGGCCCAGAGCCAUUGGUACCAGCACCCGCCGGUGAUGUUGACAUUGCUGGCAUCACGCAAAACUUCGCCGAGGGACUUUCAUCGAGGUUCCUUGCGAACGGAACCGUUACCAAAGUCCUUGGUGGCUUGAGCAACGGUACAGGCGGCCUGGGAAGUCUGACUUCUAGCAUUGAUAUCCCGGGCGCGGCCAGGGGCUUUACGAGAGGCCUGAUCACCGGUGCCGGAGAUGGGGUGCAGGCUAUCGGCGGGAUCAACGCCAUCCUCAAUGGGACCUCCAAGCCACCGACCGCGGCGAUUCCCGACAGCAAAGUUGAUCUCAAUGACUCCACUGGGGGUGCGGCCGUGGGCUUCGGCCAGGGCUUGGGGAGCUCUGGCGUCGUCACACUGCAGAGGUUGCUUGCUCAAGGCAUCAACCUGGGCGCAAUACUACCAGGAAGCCCCAAAGCAAAGAGGGACGUCGAGCAGCCAACCAAGGCGCUGGCGCUGGCAAGCCGAGAUGAGAGUGCUGCUUCCGGCCUCAACUUGUCCAGCCUUCUUUCUACGGAUUCCGUCUCUGCCGUCGCACAAAAAGGCGUCGACGCCCUGACCUGCGAUGGCUUCGCGGGUGUAUUGCUUGUAUCCCGUGGCCUACAGAACAGCGGCGCCGUCUCUUUUGGUGGUGGAGGUUUGAGCGAGAAUGUACAAAACGCUCUGAGGGGACUUAUCCCCAAAGGCAUGAUUCGUGUCACGUCGCAAGGAAACACGUUUGAUGUCGAUGGGAAGCGACUGGCUGACGUUUUAAUAUCCGGCGGGAACGCGAUAAAAGCAUUAUCCGUCAACGGAUUCCCCAUCAACAUAUACACCGCGCUCGUGGCCUUGCAUGUUGGGGCUGCUGUCGUGGGGUUGUUUUUCCUCAUGCCAUUCGUCAUGAGUCUUACCAGCCUUCGAAACAUCCUCACGCGCUUACGCGUGCCCGACGUGCUGCCAAAAUGGACACCCACGGUCUGCAGGCUGACCGUCAUCUUUGGCGUGAUUCCAUCUCUAGUCCUCCUUCCCGUCUUUGGUGUCCUUGCCGCUUCAGGUACUCGGCACUUUCGCACCGCACACGGGGUCCUUGGCCUCAUCACUUUCAUCGUUGCUAUAGCUGCUGUUGUGCUGUACUUCUACUCCAAACCAGCUGUGCUCACUCCCGGAGACCCUAUCCCAGGCAAUAGUCAAAUGACCCGGCUGUCAUUAGCUUCCAACCUUGUGUACCAGCUACUGUCAGUGCUCUUAUUCUUUACUGCCGUCACGGGAUACGCGGACUUGAGCAGUGUGACAUUGUGCUUGACAAGGGCUGUGGUGAAUUUUGAGAUGGCGGCUUUGACCGGAAUGGCACUGGUGCCGUCUUUUGUGGUUGGCCAGUUUAUAACCGGCUCGGAGCUACUGCUGGUAUACCGAGCCCGCAGGAGGGCAAGGAAUGCAAGCAAGGCCGCGGUACGAGAAAAGACAUAG